GUGACCGGCUCGCGAGCCCACAGAUCAGGCGAAGCCCAGCAACCAGACCGUUACAGGAGACCGAAUGCCAGCUUCAUUGAAAAAGCUCCGUUAUCUAGAGUAGAGACCGGAGCUACAGACCUUUCUAGUGUGCAGACACAUACAUAACAACGCGCAGAAAGCUUUUGGGAACUCGGGGAAAGGGACAUUUUCAAAGCCUCAAGAACCUCGAUAGGAGAAAAAGAAGACAAAUCGUUUGCAAACAAAUCAAGGACAGUGGACACGCGGGAGUUGUGUAUUCAUUCCUGAUAACUUGUGGAAUUAUAAGGGCAACAAAAUUAAGAAUAUAACUACCUCUCCGCCGUUUCACAUUUUUGUUUAAUUUGUCCCUUUCUUCACUUAUUUCUUUUAUUAUAUUACCUGUCAUCGGAAAAGCUGACAGCAAGACGGGGUAGAGUGCUGUGCAGUGCGUAAAGAAGAAACUAAACGCAGCCCCAGGAGACAAAACAGCUCACUGCGUUUACCAGCAAGAGACAGUGAAGAGGCGUGAGAGAGACAGAUUUUUUAGUAGGCCUACACUUGUAUUUUUAUAUAAUAUUUAUUAAUUUAUAGUAUCCUACGCGAAGAUAUUUAUUCGUGUCCAUCCUUGAUUGUUCUUGGGUUACAUUUUUGUUUUCAUUUUUAUUGGAAUAUGGUUGGGGAAAUGGAAACGAAGGAGAAACCGAAGCCCACCCCAGACUAUCUUAUGCAGCUCAUGAAUGAUAAGAAACUGAUGAGCAGCCUACCCAACUUCUGCGGGAUUUUUAACCACCUCGAACGGCUGCUCGAUGAAGAGAUCAGCCGGGUAAGGAAGGACAUGUACAACGACACGCUAAACGGGAGCACGGAGAAGAGGAGCAGUGAGCUCCCGGAGGCAGUGGGCCCCAUCGUGCAGCUCCAAGAGAAGCUCUUCGUGCCCGUGAAAGAGUACCCAGACUUUAACUUUGUGGGCCGGAUCCUUGGACCACGAGGGCUGACAGCCAAGCAGCUGGAGGCGGAGACGGGAUGUAAAAUCAUGGUGCGCGGGAAAGGCUCCAUGAGGGAUAAGAAGAAGGAGGAACAGAACCGAGGCAAGCCCAACUGGGAGCACCUAAACGAGGACCUGCACGUGCUGAUCACGGUGGAGGACGCGCAGAACCGGGCCGAGAUCAAGCUGAAGAGGGCUGUGGAAGAGGUCAACAAACUACUCGUGCCUGCGGCGGAGGGAGAGGACAGCCUAAAAAAGAUGCAGCUGAUGGAACUGGCCAUCCUCAACGGCACCUACCGAGACGCCAACAUCAAGUCACCCGCCCUUGCCUUCUCCUUCGCAGCCAACGCCCAGGCGCCCCGCAUCAUCACCGGCCCCGCCCCCAUGCCCCAGAACGCCCUGCGCACACCCACCCCGGCCGGCCCCACCCUUAUGCCCCUGAUCCGACAGAUCCAGACGUGCAUGCCCAACGGCUCCCCCCACCCAGGCGUCAUGACACAGGGGCCCGAGUCGGGCCUCAUUUACGCGUCGCCGUACGACUACCCCUACACGCUGGCCCCCGCCACCUCCAUCCUGGAGUACCCCAUCGACUCCAGCGGGGUGCUAGGUAAGCAUGCGUGCCCGUGCGACUGCCCCGCAGCCCCCCAUCAGCACCACCACCCCCACGGCCAGUGGAACCCCGCCCCCACGCUGAUACUGCGCCACUCCUCCUAAGUUACGGCCCUGCCCCCCACCAUCCCCGCUUUUUGGACAAACCCCGCUCAGAAUAUCGCCAACACGCCCCCCCCCCCCCCAGCCAAAUUCCCAGCCCUCCUCCAGUCUCCCAGGUAACCCUUCUGGAGAGAGAGAACGCUCCGAGAGAGGGCUCAUCGACCGAGAAACGACCACGACAACAUUCCAGCUCUUACCUCCGUCUGUCUGUCUGUCAAGUUAUGAGACUCUGCUCUUAAAGCGCCCAUUAAUAUGAAUGUGUGCAUAUGUGGCCUUGCAGUUCUCUACUGGCUCGGUGUGAGUUAUGAGAGGGAAAGGUUGCUGCUCCCCUCACGCCCGUGUCCCCCGUGGACACGCAGCCCCGUGGCUUGGGGAGGCCAUAUACCCCAACCCAACGGGACUCCUGUUAAGACAGACUGCACCCAAAGGCGCUGUGUAAAAACCCAAACCUCCGUCAAUGCAUCAAAAAGCCAACAGCAGAUUGUCCAAUUGGGCUGACCACAUUGCAGACAGCCAGGGUGCACUCUAUCAGCCGGUCCCGGUCGGAGUCCCGGUCGGAGCAAGCCUCCGGCUGCGUGUCUGGGCGAAGGUGGAGGGGGGGCGGGGUUGUUGUCAAAGAGUGGGGAUCGAGGAGGAGCAGACGGAGCCCAGCGAAGAUUUCACCCUGUCUCUCUCUCUUGUGUAACCUAUACAGUGUCCUCAAAGGCCGAAGAGCUCCCCCUCUACCUGGGGUUUCAGACCUGUCACUUUCCCUUCGCUGUGCAGCGAGGAGAGCCCUCCAACCGGCCUCCCUUUUAAAGAGAAACCCA